AAAAAAAAAAGGAAAGAGAGAGGGGGGGAAAAAAGAGAAAAAUCCUGUGGCGCGCCGCCUGGUUCCCGGGAAGACUCGCCAGCAGCAGGGGGUGGGGGAGCGCGAGCGGAGAGCUGCUGGAGAGUGAGCAGCCCUAGCAGGGAUGGACAUGAUGCUGUUGGUGCAGGGCGCUUGUUGCUCGAACCAGUGGCUGGCGGCGGUGCUGCUCAGCCUGUGCUGCCUGCUGCCCUCCUGCCUCCCGGCCGGACAGAGCGUGGACUUCCCCUGGGCGGCCGUGGACAACAUGAUGGUCAGAAAAGGGGACACGGCGGUGCUUAGGUGUUAUUUGGAAGAUGGAGCUUCAAAGGGUGCCUGGCUGAACCGGUCAAGUAUUAUUUUUGCUGGAGGUGAUAAAUGGUCAGUGGAUCCUCGGGUUUCAAUUUCAACAUUGAAUAAAAGGGACUACAGCCUCCAGAUACAGAAUGUGGACGUGACAGACGAUGGCCCCUACACGUGUUCUGUUCAGACUCAACAUACGCCGAGGACAAUGCAGGUGCAUCUAACUGUGCAAGUUCCUCCGAAGAUAUAUGACAUCUCAAGUGAUAUGACCAUCAACGAAGGAACCAAUGUCACCCUUACUUGUUUGGCCACUGGGAAACCAGAGCCUUCCAUCUCUUGGCGGCACAUCUCUCCAUCAGCAAAACCAUUUGAAAAUGGACAAUAUUUGGACAUCUAUGGAAUUACAAGGGACCAGGCCGGAGAAUAUGAAUGCAGUGCGGAAAAUGAUGUGUCAUUCCCAGACGUGAAAAAAGUAAAAGUUGUCGUAAACUUCGCUCCUACGAUUCAGGAAAUUAAAUCUGGCACCGUGGCCCCGGGACGCAGUGGAUUGAUAAGAUGCGAAGGUGCAGGUGUGCCGCCUCCGGCCUUUGAAUGGUACAAAGGAGAGAAGAAGCUCUUCAAUGGCCAACAAGGAAUUAUUAUUCAAAACUUUAGCACAAGAUCCAUUCUCACGGUUACCAAUGUGACACAGGAGCACUUCGGCAACUAUACUUGUGUGGCUGCCAACAAGCUAGGCACAACCAAUGCGAGCCUGCCUCUCAACCCUCCAAGUACAGCCCAGUAUGGAAUUACCGGGAGCGCUGACGUGCUUUUCUCCUGCUGGUACCUUGUGUUGACACUGUCCUCUUUCACCAGCAUAUGCUACCUGAAGAAUGCCAUUCUACAAUAAAUUUAAAGACCCAUAAAAGGCUUUUAAGGAUUCUCUGAAAGUGCUGAUGGCUGGAUCCAAUCUGGUACAGUUUGUUAAAAGCAGCGUGGGAUAUAAUCAGCAGUGCUUACAUGGGGAUGAUCGCCUUCUGUAGAAUUGCUCAUUAUGUAAAUACUUUAAUUCUACUCUUUUUUUGAUUAGCUACAUUACCUUGUGAAGCAGUACACAUUGUCCUUUUUUUAAGACGUGAAAGCUCUGAAAUUACUUUUAGAGGAUAUUAAUUGUGAUUUCAUGUUUGUAAUCUACAACUUUUCAAAAGCAUUCAGUCAUGGUCUGCUAGGUUGCAGGCUGUAGUUUACAAAAACGAAUAUUGCAGUGAAUAUGUGAUUCUUUAAGGCUGCAAUACAAGCAUUCAUUUCCCUGUUUCAAUAGGAGUCAAUCCACAUUUACAAAGAUGCAUUUUUUUCUUUUUUGAUAAAAAAGCAAAUAAUAUUGCCUUCAGAUCAUUUCUUCAAAAUAUAACUAACACAUAUCUAGAUUUUUCUGCUCGCAUGAUAUUCAGGUUUCAGGAAUGAGCCUUGUAAUAUAACUGGCUGUGCAGCUCUGCUUCUCUUCCCUGUAAGUUCAGCAUGGGUGUGCCUUCAUAUAAAAUACUAAUUUUCUCUUCGUUUCCAACUAAUAAAAAUGUUUUGCCAAAUCCUAAAAUUUGAAAGCAAAAAUAAAUCACAAGAUAAAGUUGAGCUAUAUCCUAUUUCUAGAGAACGAAGGAGCUGUUAGACUAUAAAAAUCUCAUCCCUCCUUCCCAAUGGGCUGUGAGGAUUUUGCCCCACAUAAACUCAGUUUUGUGAUGAAAACAAUUUAGUUAAUAUAGUACAGGUAAAUUUAUUACCAUAUGAUUUCUUUAGUUGUAGUUGAAUGUUGGAUCCACUUUGGGAAACAGUUCCCCUUAAGAUGACAGCACAGUCCAUCCUAGAAAUCACCUAGCAAUACAGCAUCCUUUCCCUUCACUAUUCCACGCCAAAAUUUUUAAGAUGGUUUGUCAGAAAGAACACAAAGUCCGAUCAACUAAUAUUACAUGAGUUGAUGAGCAUUCCAAAUUCAGCUGGCUCUGAGGCAGGUAAAUAGAUGGAGUGCUCCUGUAGACAGGGGCAUUUCGCAUAUUCCCCACCUGAAAACAUCACUCAGUUGAUAGUUUGGUAUAUGUGCUGCCGAAGCAAGCACUCAGUUGAUAGUUUGGAAUGCGUGUUAUAUCAAAGAAAAUGUUCCAGAAUAUAUUAUAACAGAUAUUCCAUGCUGGUAUGCAGCAGAUCAAUCCCUGAAAUAACUAAUUCUGCAAUAAAAUCUCUGUAGCCAUGUCAAUUCAAACAAGUAAAGGCAAAAAACCAGACAGAAGCAACAAAAUUAACCGUGCUUUAUUUCUUCUUACGUGGCAUAUAUAAGAUGUGAUCAAGUGAAGACAAGACACCAGUGAUUAGAAUAUCUAAAGAUGUAUCAUUAAAUUAUCAUGAAUAUUUCAUUGUUUCUAUCCUAAAGAAUGAAAACUACACUUUUGAAUGAACAUGGAAGUAUUAUAUUACAAGAGUAUUUUGAUGGUUUUACUCUUUACUAAAGAAAGACCAUAGACUUGAAAGCCAUUUUCCAAGUUUGAUGAAAUUAGCCGUUUCACUACAUAGAGAGAUUUCCACACAUAGUUCCCUCUUGCAAGUCACAUUUACAACAAAAAACCUACUAAUAAAGUGAGACACAAGAUAUUUCAUGGAGGUUGUACAUACUUAAGAUAUCUAAUAGUUUGCCCCAAAAGCAAUGGCUUGAAAAUCAUGAUGUUUUUUUCAAGUAAAGCUUAGCCCUGAAGUACACCAUAAAUCUAUUUUAAUUAGAAAAAAUGAAUCCUAAAUGAGGAGGCAUAAAUAUACAGUGUUUCCACAAAAUGGCAAUAAUAUGGCAUAAUGCUAUUAAAUUUACUCACCAUAAUAAUUCAUGACAUUGUUUCACCGGAUGUAUUAAAAACUUGAUUUCAACACACAUGGCAUUUUAAUUUUGAUUAUUACUGAUUUGCUUUUUUAAAAUAUUUUUUUGUGGAAUUGGUGAGUAAACUAUAUAUAUAUAUAUUUUUUGUAUUGCAGCUUUAAAGUGGCACACUCCAUAAUAAUCUACUUACUAGAAAUAGUGGUGCUACCACAGAAAGUGUUAACCAUCAGUACCAUUGUUUGGGAGAAAGAAACAGAUCAAGAAUGCAUAUUAUACAGUGACCGCUUUCCUAGAGUUAAAAAUACCUCCUCUUUGUAAGGUCUGUAGGGUAAAUGUGAGGUAAAUCGAGGUAUAAACUAUGGAUGAACCAAAUAAUUAGUUCAAAGUGUUGUCAUGAUUCCGAAUUUGUGGUCUGGUGUUUUUCCCAUAGAAUGUGACAGAAGUACAGUCAUAGCUCAGUAGCUAUAUGUAUUUGCCUUUAUGUUAGAAGAGACUUUCUUGAGUGACAUUUUAAAUAGAGGAGGUAUUCACUAUGUUUUUCUGUAUCACAGCAGCAUUCCUAGUCCGUAGGCCCCUGAACAGAGUGAAACCAUGAGUAUUUAUGAGUUCAAUAUUGUUCAAAUAAGGCUACAGUAUUUGCUUUUUUGUGUGAAUGUAUGCAUAUAAUGUUCAAGUAGAUGAUUUUACAUUUAUAGACAUAUGAAAUGUCUGAUUACUCCAUUUUAUCAGUCCUGACUGUACAAGAUUGUUGCAAUUUCAGAACAGCAGUUUUAUGAAAUUGAUUUAUCUUUUGAUCUGAAACAAUUUUUUCUAGGUAUUCAUUUCAGCGUUAUAUUUCCACAAGUUCCAUUUGUGGGACUCCUUUGGUUGCCCCUAGUUUUUUUUUUUUUUUUCAAAGAAAGAAAAAUAAGGAGCAGUGGAGGAAAGAGAGUGAAAAGAAAAGAAAAAGACAGAAAGGGUGGAGGUAAAGAGAGAGGGGACAAAAUGGAGGCAGGAAGGACGAGAAGAAGGAAGGAAGGGAAGAAGGAAGGGAGAGAGGGAAGAAAAGAACAUUAGGGUAGUUGACUUAAUUCAUUUGCAUUCUUGGUUUAACUGCAAGUGGUGUAAUUAUGUUUUACAAUGAUCCCAUUUGAAACGUAAGUCCUGUGACACCAUUAAGUUCCUAUUAUGCAGCAAUUAUAUAAUGAAAAGUGCUGCCCAAAUUAUAGUAUUGUGUUUUUCGGGAAACACUAAAAGAUUCGAGAGAGAGAAUGUCAAACUUAAAACCACUUUUGGGGGUGUUUAAAACUUAACUGAAAAAUUAAUGCUUCAUCAUAACAUUCAAGCUAUAUCUAGAAAGUAGACUGGAGAACUAAGAAAAUUACCCAGGUAAUUCAGGACUAUAUAUAUAUAUAUAUAUAUAUAUAUAUAUAUAUAUAUAUAUAGUAUGUAUGUGUAUCUAUGCAUAGAUACACACACACACACACACACACAUAUAUAAAUACCCCAAUGUGUGAACUCAGAAACCUCUGAGAAUUUUAUCAAAGCCAAUCAUCUAUAUUGAUCAAAUUUACUGAAUAAUUGUUAAUUUAUCCAUUGUGCUUAGCUUUGUGACAGCCAAAAGUUACCUAUUUAAUCUUUUCAAUAAAAAUUGUUUUUUGAAAUUCAGAAAUGAUUUAAAAAGAGGUCAGGUUUUUAACUAUUUAUUGAAGUAUGUGGAUGUACAGUAUUUCAAUAGAUAUGAAUAUGAAUAAAUGGUAUGCCUUAAGAUCCUUUGAAUAUGUAUUUACUUUAAAAGACUGGAAAAAGUCCUUCCUGUCUUUUAGUAAAACAUCCAUAUUUCAUAAUCUGAUGUAAAAUAUGUUGUACUGUUUCCAAUAGGUGAAUAUAAAGUCAGUUUAUCAAGUAAAA